AUGGCGGAGCAUGACGCUGAAGUGGUGUACAUUGCCGAAACCAGUACAGAAAACAAAACAGAUAUACGUGAAGAAAAAGUAACAAAUGUGCGAUGUAAAUUCAGAGACGAAAAUGAGACGCCAUAUACAAGAUUACUGGGAGACACAGAUAGAGUAGGUGAGCCUGAUACACACGUAGAUGAUGAUGAUGACCAACACAAGUCACGUGAUACAACAGUAGCUGAGCCUGAUACACACGUAGAAGAUGAUGACCAACACAAGUCACGUGAUGCAACAGCAGCUGAGCCUGAUACACACGUAUAUGAUGAUUACCAACACAAGUCACGUGAUACAACAGAAGCUGAGCCUGAUACACACGUAGAUGAUGAUGAUGACCAACACAAGUCACGUGAUACAACAGUAGCUGAGCCUGAUACACACGUAGAAGAUGAUGACCAACACAAGUCACGUGAUGCAACAGCAGCUGAGCCUGAUACACACGUAUAUGAUGAUUACCAACACAAGUCACGUGAUACAACAGAAGCUGAGUCUGAUACACACGUAGAUGAUGUAGCUGAGCCUGAUACACACGUAGAUGGUUAUGACCAACACAAAUCACGUGAUACAACAGUAGCUGAGCCUGAUACACACGUAGAUGGUUAUGACCAACACAAGUCACGUGAAACAACAGUAACUGAGCCUGAUACACACGUAGAUAGUUAUGAGCAACACAAGUCACGUGAUACAACAGCAGCUGAGCCUGGUACACACGUUGAUGAUGAUUACCAACACAAGUCACGUCAUGCAACAGUAGCUGAGCCUGAUACACACGUAGAUGAUGAUGAACACAAGUCACGUGCUACAACAGUAGCUGAGCCUGAUACACACGUAGAUGAUGACCAACACAAGUCACGUGAUACAACAGUAGCUGAGCCUGAUACACACGUAGAUGAUUAUGACCAACACAAGUCACGUGAUACAACAGUUGCUGAGCCUGAUAAACACGUAGAUGAUGAUGACCAACACAAGUCACGUGAUGCAACAGUAGCCGAGCCUGAUACACACGUAGAUGAUUAUGACCAACACAAGUCACGUGGUACAACAGUGGCUGAGCCUGAUACACACGUAGAUGAUGACCAACACAAGUCACGAAAUACAACAGUAGCUGAGCCUAAUACACACAUAUUUGAUGAUGACCAACACAAGUCACUUGAUACAACAGUAGCUGAGCCUGACACACACGUAGAUGAUGAUGACCAACACAAGUCACGUGGUACAACAUUGGCUGAGCAUGAUACACACGUAGAUGAUGAUGACCAACACAAGUCACGUGAUACGACAGUAGCUGAGCCUGACACACACGUAUAUGAUGAUGACCAACACAAGUCACGUGAUACAACAGUAGCUGAGCCUGAUACACACAUAGAUGAUGAUGACCAACACAAGUCACAUGAUACAACAGUAGCUGAGCCUGACGCACACGUAGAUGAUGACAAUCAACACAAGUCACGUGAUGCAACAGUAGCUGAGCCUGAUACACACGUAGAUGAUGAUGAACACAAGUCACGUGGUACAAUAGUUGCUGAGCCAGAUACACACGUAAAUGAUGAUGACCAACACAAGUCACGUCAUGCAGCGGUAGCUGAGCGUGAUAAACACGUAGAUGAUGACCAACACAAGUCACGUGAUGCAACAGUAGCUGAGCCUGACACACACGUAGAUGAUGACGACCAACACAAGUCACGUGGUACAACAGUGGCUGAGCCUGAUACACCUGUAGAUGAUGAUGACCAACACAAAUCACGUGAUACAACAGUAGCUGAGCCUGAUACACACGUAGAUGGUUAUGACCAACACAAGUCAUGUGAUACAACAGUAGCUGAGCCUGAUACACCUGUAGAUGAUGAUGACCAACACAAAUCACGUGAUACAACAGUAGCUGAGCCUGAUACAGACAUAGAUGGUUAUGAGCAACACAAGUCACGUGAUACAACAGCAGCUGAGCCUGGUACACACGUUGAUGAUGAUUACCAACACAAGUCACGUCAUGCAACAGUAGCUGAGCCUGAUACACACGUAGAUGAUGAUGAACACAAGUCACAUGCUACAACAGCAGCUGAGCCUGAUCCACACGUAGAUGAUGACCAACACAAGUCACGUGAUACAACAGUAGCUGAGCCUGAUAAACACGUAGAUGAUGAUGACCAACACAAGUCACGUGAUGCAACAGUAGCCGAGCCUGAUACACACGUAGAUGAUUAUGACCAACAUAAGUCACGUGAUACAACAGUUGCUGAGCCUUAUACACACAUAGAUGAUGAUGAACACAAGUCACGUGGUACAACAGUAACUGAGCCUGAUACACACGUAGAUGAUGACCAACACAAGUCAUGUGAUACAACAGUAGCUGAGCCUGAUACACACGUAGAUGAUGAUGACCAACACAAGUCACGUCAUGCAGCAGUAGCUGAGCCUGAUGCACACGUAGAUGAUGAUGACCAACACAAGUCACGUGAUACAACAGUAGCUGAGCCUGACACACGUGUAGAUGAUGAUGACCAACACAAGUCACGUGAUACAACAGUAGCUGAGCCUGAUACACACGCAGAUGAUGAUGACCAGCUCAACUCACGUGAUUCAAUAGUAGCUGAGCCUGAUACACACGUAGACGAUGAUGACCAACACAAGUCACGUGAUACAACAGUAGCUGAGCCUGAUACACACGUAUAUGAUGAUCCACACAAAUCACGUGAUACUACAGUAACUGAGCGUGAUACACACGUAGUUGAUGACCAACACAAGUCACGAGAUACAACAGUAGCUGAGCCUGAUACACACAUAGAUGAUUAUGACCAACACAAGUCACGUGAUACAACAGUAGGUGAGCCUGAUACACCCGUAGAUGAUUAUGACCAACAUAAGUCACGUGAUACAACAGCAGCUGAGCCUGGUACACACGUUGGUGAUGAUUACCAACACAAGUCACGUCAUGCAACAGUAGCUGAGCCUGAUACACACGUAGAUGAUGAUGACCAACACAAGUCACGUGAUGCAACAGUAGCUGAGCCUUAUACACACAUAGAUGAUGAUGGUCAAUACAUGUCACGCGAUACAACAGUAGCUGAGCCUGAUGCACUUGUAGAUGAUGAUGACCAACACAAGUCACGUGAUACAACAAUAGCUGAACCUGAUACACACGGAGAUAAUGAUGACCAACACAAGUCACGUGAUACAACGGUAGCUGAGCCUGAAACACACGUAGAUGAUGGUGACCAACACAAGUCUCGUGAUACAACAGUAGCUGAGCGUGAUACACACGUAGAUGAUGAUCCACACAAAUCAAGUGAUACUACAGUAACUGAGCGUGAUACACACGUAGUUGAUGACCAACACAAGUCACGAGAUACAACAGUAGCUGAGCCUGAUACACACAUAGAUGAUUAUGACCAACACAAGUCACGUGAUACAACAGUAGGUGAGCCUGAUACACACAUAGAUGAUGAUGACCAACACAAGUCACGUGAUAGAACAGUAGCUGAGUCUGAUACACACGUAGAUGAUGAUGACCAACACAAGUCAGGUGAUGCAACAGUAGCUGAGCCUGACACACGAGUAGAUGAUGAUGACCUACACAAGUCAUGUGGUACAUCAGUGGCUGAGCCUGAUACACACGUAGAUGAUGACCAACACAAGUCACGAAAUACAACAGUAGCUGAGCCUAAUACACACAUAUUUGAUGAUGACCAACACAAGUCACGUGGUACAACAUUGGCUGAGCAUGACACACAUGUAGAUGAUGAUGACCAACACAAGUCACGUGGUACAACAUUGGCUGAGCCUGAUACACACGUAGAUGAUGAUGACCAACACAAGUCACGUGAUACAACAGUAGCUGAGCCUGAUACACACGUAGAUGAUGAUAACCAACACAAGUCACGUGGUACAACAGUAUCUGAGCCUAAUACACAUAUAGAUGAUGAUGACCAACACAAGUCACGUGAUACAACAGUAGCUGAGCCUGACACACGUGUAGAUGAUGAUGACCAACACAAGUCACGUGAUACAACAGUAGCUGAGCCUGAUACACACGUAGAUGAUGAUGACCAGCUCAAGUCACGUGAUACAACAGUAGCUGAGCCUGAUACACACGUAGACGAUGAUGACCAACACAAGUCACGUGAUACAACAGUAGCUGAGCCUGAUACACACGUAGAUGAUGAUGACCAACACAAGUCACGUGAUACAACAGUAGCUGAGCCUGAUACACACGUAGAUGAUGAUGACCAACACAAGUCACGUGAUACAACAGUAGCUGAGCGUGAUACACACAUAGAUGAUGACCAACACAAGUCGCGUCAUGCAGCAGUAGCUGAGCCUGAUACACACAUAGAUGAUGAUGACCAACACAAGUCACGUCAUGCAGCAGUAGCUGAGCCUGAUACACACAUAGAUGAUGAUGACUAUUUACUAAAAGCUGAAGUUUUUUUGAAGCCUGAUAACCAGGCCAUGGGUGAACAUGAUGUGCCACAUGAAGAAGAUAUUCCAAAUAGGCAUAUCAUAACACCUGAAGACAUAAAUGAUGAAGUGGUUGAGGCUUGCCUUCUAUCCAAACAGAACAUGUCCAUAUCAAAAGAAGAUACUGUUUCGUCAGAUAACCAACUAAUAAAUACAAUGCUGGAAUGUCAAAAUAAUGUUACAUCAAAACAUGACACAGAUGAAGUCGGUAUGAAUGAGAAAGGUGGGGAAAAAACAAACAUAUUCGAUGAGGAAAAUGCCCUGGAAAGAGAGGAUAAAAUUGAAAAAUCCAAAACAUAUUCAGCAGACAACAGGAAUCUAGUAGUGGGAAUUGAAAACGAAAAGACAAAUGUUUCACACGUAGAUGAGAAUAUACAAAAAAUUGACACGUUAGCCGGCAGUGCAGUGAAAUAUACUAGGGAAGACUUGUCAAAAUUGGACGUGCUAAUGGAAGAGUCUAGUGCAUCACAGAGGCAUGAUUAUUCAACAGAUCAUCCACCAGAAAAUAAGCAACUGUUAACAAAUGAAGAUGUAGACAAUAAUGAAGAUGCAAAAUUAGGGGCUGUACCACAAAUUGUCGAAUCAGACAUUGAAGAGAUUGAAUCAGAAGGAAUAAAUGGUACAAUCGACAAAUAUGAGGAUAUGGCAGACACUGAACAUACAGCAGUGAUAAAUGAAGAAUUAAAAACCAAUGUUUCACUGAUAGAUGGCAACAUACAAAAGGUUGAUACUUUAGUCGGCAAUAUGGAGGAAUAUUCAUGGAAAGAGUUGGAACAACUUGAUCAUUCUUUAAAUGAAUCAAUUGUGACAAAAGAUGUUGCAGUAGAUAAGGCGGGUCCUCCAACAGACAGUAUUCUACAGAGAGAUGAAGCAUCCCCGCUAAAUAUUUCAAUCCAUAAAGAUGAUACUCUGAAUGAAGCUGUACCACCAGAAUCAGAAAAAACACAAAUAAACAUGUCUCAAGUGAAGAAUGAGGUAGAAAAAGAUGAUAAAGUUGUAACAGAUAACAAAUAUUGGGACACAGCAGAUUCUAGGCAUCCAGUAGUGGGAAUUGAAAAUGAAAAGACAAAUGUUUCACAGAUAGAUGAGAAUAUACAAAAGGUUGAUACUUUAGCCUACAGUGCAGUGAAAUAUACUAGGGAAGACUUGUCAAAAUUGGACCUUUUAAUGGAAGAGUCUAUUGCAUCACAGGAGCAUGAUUAUUCAACAGAUCAUCCACCAGGAUAUGUUAUAAAUCGUGAGGAUACACAAAUAAGAGCUGUACCAUCAACUGUUAAACUAGAUGUAUCAGACAUGUUUGAGGAGAUUGAUGCAGAAGAAAUAAAGGACACGACAGAAAAAAUCAAGGAUAUUACAGACACUGAACAGACAGCAGUGAAAAAAACCAAUGUUUCACUGAUAGAUGGCAACAUACAAAAGAUUGAUACUUUAGCAGGCAAUAUGGUUGAGUAUUCCAAGGUCGAAUUGGAACAACUUGAUCAUCCUACAACACAUGACUAUACACUUGAAGAUAAUAAUCUCCCAGAAGACAAUAUUGAACCAGGAAUUGAGGCAUCAUUACAUGCAAUCAAUGAUAAUUGUCAUCUGAAAAAAUCUGUACCAUCAAAUGCUGAAUUGAAUAUACCCCACACAGACGGUGGAGAAUGUGGUACGACAGAAACACAUAUGGAACAUGCAUCAGCUGGAAAUGUAGCACACAGUGAAGAGAUGACUAAAUUGGAACACCAAAUAGAAAACCUCAUUGAAGUACAGGAAUUUGUGACAAAUGACAAUGAUACUCAAACUGAUAAACUGAUAUCUGGAGAUAGUAAAGUAGAAAAAGAAAGUGUAUUUGAUCAUGAUACCAAAAUCGACGCAGUUACAGUAGAUGUAGAUGAUAUAGAAUCAACAAUAGAAGACCAAAAACAAAAGUCAGCUGAUAGGACACAACAAUUUUACUGUGUGACAGAAAGUGGAACUAUAGAGCAGAAUGUGUAUGAAACACAACUGCCUAUAAUUGUAAUUGAAGACUGGCAUGAGAGAAAAGAUACAGAAGAGAAACAAGAAAAGUUAACACAAGAAUGUCUAGAAUUGCAUGAUAAUAUGUUGGAUGAAAAGAUGCCAUCUGAAGAAGACAUAUCUAUUCCAGCAGCUAAUUAUGAAGAUCAACCAGUACAUAUCAUUUUAGUUAAAGAUACUGCUAUCACUGCAGGUGAAGUAUCUGGAGAGCAAUUAAAAUUUGAACCAAUAACUUCUGUAUCUGCAAAAGGAAUAGAAAACAACGGAAAGUCUUCAAAAAUUGACAAGGCAGUAGGUGUACCAAUUACUAAACCUGCAGAUGCAAGUAUUGAUGGAAAUGCUUCAGAUGAUAAAAUAAGCACUGACCGAGAAGUUCAAGUACAAAGUAAUACAUCAAUCAAAUCGGACACUUCAGUGUCAAAAUCUAAACAUAAACUUGAUGGUGAUUUUAAGGAUGGUUUGAUACUACAGCAGGAUCUAUCAUUGGAAAAAAUAUAUUAUGCUGAUGAUGUGGUGACUACUUUACCUAUUCAAUCCAAUUUGAAGGAUAUGGAUGGCUUAGAAGAAAUACAAAGCACGUCAGAAGGUAUCAUCAUAUCAAAUGAGAAGACAGCAGACGUGCAGGAGAAUUCUAAAGCCGAACCUGUUAUUUUGGAUUUAAACCAACCAAAUGCAACAAAAUCAAUACAAGAUGGAAACAAAGAACUGAUAAGUAAUAAUGUAGGUGCUGAUGAUGAUAAAAAAGACAUGUCUGAAAACAGUGUAGAGCCAAUGGGACCUAUCCAGAGUGUUGACUUAUCUAAAAACAAUGAAAUAGUCCUAUAUCCACACAAAACAGAAAUAUUUUAUUACAGAGAAAGCAACCCAAAACACCGAAGUCUUAGCAUGUUCAGUCUUGCACCUGAAGACUGGGAAGUCAUAUGUGCUGGGGGAAGCUAUGAAGAUCAGACAACGAGGAGAAUGAGUGACACUAUGGCUUUGGAUAAUGGCGAUAUAUCUGCAUUUCAAAAAUCGGGUGUUAAUACCCCUCUGAAAGCAGCCACAAAGGAAAUGAUGCCUAGUAUGAGUUUAGAUGAUAUGAUACACGGUUCGGCUGAUCAAGAACAUGAAUCGAAUGCACUAAAGAAGAAGAACAAGAAAAAGAAGAGUAAAUCUAAGAGGUCAAAAGAAAAGAGUAUUGUAACAGUGGAAGAAGCAAGACUGGUUUCUUGGCAACCAGAAAAAAAGAAGCGGCGAGUGUAUGAACUUAUAUGGACUGGUGUAAUAAGUCCAUAUUACAUGUUGAGAACACUGAAGACAUACCUCACUAAAUGGUUCCAUCAGGAACAAGUCAAAGUUCACCUUGUCACGCCGUUUAUAGAUGACCUAGUGUUGAGCGAAAUCAUCAACUGCAUCUGUCAAGCUGACGAUGGGGGUACAAGCGAGGGUAGUUUUGGUGAAGUAUAUACACGUGACAUCGGAAUGGCUGCUGCAAAGCUCGGAUGGGACCAGCGGAAGGUAUAUGAAGAGAAAAUUAAACCUUAUGUCUGGUUAAGUCAGCAAGGAUACACCUGUUUCAGCUGCAAAUUUGCUGCGGGAGAGUACCCAAAUGGCAAAGUUGUGCUACUUGUGACGAGUGGCGAUUUCACUAGGCAGCAUAUGAGAUCUGAAGAAAUGGACUUAUUUAAUGAUCGACAAAGAGACACACUGACUAUUAUUAAAACAACAAAACAACAUUUUGAAGAGAAGUAUUUGCGCCCUCUUCGAUCAGUUACUAGGAAAUCCGAUUCUGGCAUACAGAAGUAG